AGUCCAGUCUUGAUCUGACAGACAAGCAGAUCAGCGAAGAGGCAGAAGCUUCUUGUGGGGUUGGGCGGGCGGGGGGGGAGGUGUUCCCCGUCCAUAGGAGUGAGCUGAACCCAUGGACAAGUUCAAGACCGUGCUGGAACUGCACCUCAAGUACCACAGUGCCCUGAGCUACGGCCUGGUGACCGUGCUGACGGCGGGCGGGGAGAAGAUCUUCUCGGCGGUGGUGUUCCAGUGCCCGUGCAGCGCCGCCUGGAACCUGCCCUACGGCCUGGUCUUCCUGCUGGCGCCCGCGCUCGCGCUCUUCCUGCUGGGCUACGUGCUGAGCGCGCGCACCUGGCGCCUGCUGACCGGCUGCUGCGCUCCCGGGGCGCGCGCGCGCUGCGGCUCGGGGCUGCGCGCGGCGCUCGUGUGCGCGCAGCUCAGCGCGGCCGCCGCGCUCGCGCCCCUCACCUGGGUGGCCGUGGCGCUGCUGGGAGGCUCCUUCUACGAGUGCGCGGCCAGCGGCAGCCCCGCGCUGGCCAGCCGCCUGUGCGCCGGCCGAGACGCGCGCUGCGCCCAGGACCUGCCGCUGGCGCCCUGCGGAGGGGCGCCGCCCGCCGCGCAGGACGUCCGCAAGGAGCUCAGGGCGCAGUCGCAGGUGCUGGGCUGGUUCCUGAUAGCAGUCGUUAUUAUAUGCCUUCUGCUUUUUACAUCUGUCAUGCGAUGCCUAUCACCAGUUAGUUUUUUGCAACUGAAAUUCUGGGAGAUCUAUUUGGAAAAGGAGCAGCAGAUUCUUAAAAGUCAAGCCACAGAGCAUGCAACCGAAUUGGCAAAGGAGAACAUCAGAUGUUUCUUUGAGCGUGCCCAUCCCAAAGAAUGCAACACCCCAAGCGUUAAAGAGUGGCAGCAGAUUUCCUCAUUGUACACGUUCAAUCCGAAGGACCAGUAUUACAGCAUGUUGCACAAAUAUGUUAACAAAAAAGAGAAGAGUAACAGUAUCAGAUCUGCUGAGGGGGAUGUAGUGAUUCCUGUCCUAGGCUUUGUAGAUGCUACUGGUAUAAACAGUGCUCCUGAGUUAUGACCUUGUAAGUGAACAGGAAAAAAUUAUUUUGAAUUGUUGCUUCAAUUAAAAAAUAAACAUUGGUGUGGAUUAUGA